AUGUCUGCCGAGUCUUUAUUACUUCAACUUUUAUCACCAGACAACACUCUUCGUAAUCAAGCGGAACAACUAUACUUUUCGAUGUACAACAACCCCGUGACAGUCAUUCAAUUUCAUCUUCAAAGUUUCACGUCGAGUAACGUAGAUGUGAAGGUGUUAUCUGCCAACCUUCUAUCAAAGAACAUGUAUCGGACAACGACUCCACUGUAUCAAUUUUUAUCCGACGACCAGAAGAAUCAACUUCGCUCACAACUGUUAGUCUAUCUCACAACGAACGCACCACGUCGGUUAUUAGUUGCAUACUCAAACCUCAUCUACGACCUCUUUGUCAUCGAUAAUGAAUACCCAAACCUCUACCAAACACUCGACGCCCUUUUAAAUUAUAAAACAGAAGAGCACCGCUCGAUCGCUUUAUUCACUAUAGCGUCCCUCGUCUUAUUCGGCGAAGUUCCCGUCGAAUUUGUGACGCACGCGAUCGAAGUCGCGAUCAAGCACACGACGGACGUCCCGUCCGUCGUCGAGUCUUCUUUGGAGUUGUACUACUCAUUGGCGUCGGUUGCGGAAGACCACGGCAAAGAGAUGUUACGGGUGACGGUGUCGCAGUAUCCGAUCUUUUUAAAUAGUGCAGUCCGAGUGAUCCAAACGGAUCGGUCGUAUGCACAAAGUGUGAUAGAGAAGAUCUCGAAGUUGAACGAAGAGACUGCACUCUUCAUCGACUUCAUCGAAUUGACUGCGAAGUUUGCUUUUGAGGCGUUGAAGCUACCGAGCACUGACGCGAUCACAGCGAUGACGUUAUUAAGUGAAUUGGGAGAGACGUAUCAGACGCUUGGGACCUUUGAAGUGCCGUUGGUUGAAGUGUUAUUCCAAUGGAUGAGUAGUCUGAGUGACACACAAGAGUGGUAUAUGUGUCAAGUAGAGGACGAUUCAAGGUGUUUUGCAGCACAAGAAUCCUUUCAGAAGUUAAGUGAAUAUAUUGGAAUGGCUAAUGUGUCGAAUAUCAUCACACGAAUCUUCGGAAAUAGAAGUCUGAUGGGGUGGCAGAAUGUCCGGGCGUGUGUAUUUAUGGCGAAAGUUCUUAUUAAAAGGACAAGAAAUAAAGAAGGGGUACAGGCGUUGUUUGAUUUGUUUCUGGGAGUCUGUAUGAUCCACCCAAGAGUGACUCAUGAACUCGUUUUGUUCAUCGAAGUUGCGAUCCAUAUCGACAAAACUUUUUUAAAAAGUAAUGAAAUGAAAGUCUGCCAAUUAAUUGGGGAAUGUACAAAGUCAAAGAUCCCAAAAUUGCAGUCAUCCGGAUGCGACUUUUUGGCCGUUUAUAUUAUUAACUCCCCAAAAAGUAAUAUUAAAACUCAAAUGGAAAAUAUUUUGGAAAUGAUUAAACCACUUUUGGUAUCUCCACAACCACAAGUGUUGUCUUCUGCUAUUUGUUCGGUUUCAUUUUUAAUUAAUCAAGUCGGAAAGGCUUUUCAGCCACAUUUUAUGGAUUUUUUAAAUGGGUACUUCGACUUACUCAAAAAGUUACCGAUAUCGGCAGAUUAUUUCGAUUUACGAGGAAGAAUCAUCGAAUCACUUUCCGUCAUCGCGUCGUAUAUGGAUUUAUCGAGUGUCCCCACGUUCACCGAGCAGUUACUUUCUCAACUGAAUACAAGUAUUCAAUUACCAAAUUUAAAAAUCAGUGAUGGCUUAUUUGGGUAUGUAGAAAUGAUCAUAGUGCGUCUAAUGAUUGCACUGAAGACUCAAUUGUACCCUUUUUUGGACACAUACUUCCCCAUUCUUCUCUCGCGAUGUAAACUUAGUCUUCCACCGACAUCGACUCAUGGCGGGUUAGCUGACGAGAAGGAAAGUGCGUUCAACUGUCUUUCAGUGAUAGUCAAUGAAGCGUUUCCCGUCUGUCUACCUCGCGUUCAAGAUAUCUUAGACAUUGUUGUGACGACGUCUUAUUCUAUCGACAAACACUUUGCGGCCAUUGCCGUUGAGAUUUGUGGGUCCUUCUAUAUCAACUAUUCUUCCCAAAUUACAACGACGGACAAUAUAGCAGGGGAGCGGCUCAUUGCCGUGUUUGGUCGUGGUUGUAAGAACCCAGAGAGUGACUUGUGUAUAGCGAGUGUGAAUAGUUUAGAGCGUAUAAUCUCGCAUGAAGUCCCGUUGAGUGGUGCCGUUGUGAUGGGUAACAUCGCGACGGUAGUUUCACAAAUCGAGCGAUUUCAGCGGCGGAUGAGUGAAGUGUUAUCAUCAGUGACAGCGGCUCUUUCCACUGCGAUUUGUUUAGGUAACAUGUUUCCUGAUUUUCUGCAUUAUGUCUUCCCAAUUGUCAAAGAGAAGUUCUUAGGAGGAAUAGAAGGGAAAGUUGCAUCCCUUCGAAUCAUUAAAAUAGCUAUUCGAGACGGGUCUUUAAAGGUCAAUGGGUUAUUAGAAACAUUAAAAGACACAGAAUUGGCUGUUAGAGAAGCUGGGAUGAGUGCUUUAAUAGCAUCAUGUGAACGAGGGUUUGAAAAUAUGGAUCUUGUGGGAACUGUUUUGUGGGAAAUUGCAAGACAAGAGCAAAACGACUAUUUAAGAGCAAAGGCUAUUAGAGGAAUUGGAAAACUCAUUCUGCUGAGCAAAAAUAGACAAUUGGGAACUCAAUGGUUCCAACUGUUACCACCAAAAGUGGGAGUGGCUAAGACCGGAAAAAUACUGAUUGACUUGAUCUACGAAGGACUGUUAAAUAUAGCAGACAGUGGAAUGAUGCAAAUCUGCAUAUUCAUGAUCGCAAAAAAUUUGAGCGAAAGAGCUCAAAUCUCGGAAACACUAAAUAAGGCAAAAACAGUCCUUGUCGCCCUCGCAAACGGAUUCCAAAACGACUUUAAAACAGUUGUCGAGCGACUCGAUCCAAUUCAAAGAGAAAACGUUUUGUCUUUCUUUAUUUGA